CGCGGGCGUCAGCAGGGGCCGGGCCGACUGGGCCGGGCCUCGGUGAGGGCGGCGACCGGCGCUCCUCCUCCUUCUCCCGAGGGGGGUUUGUGCUCCUUUGGGCGUCGAGAAAUUCCUCCUCCUCCUCCUCUCCUCUCCCUCGCUCGGGGCCAAAAGGGCGACGCCGGGGGAGCCGCGACCAUGAUGUCGGGCCAGUCGAUCACCGACCGGAUCACGGCGGCGCAGCACAGUGUCACCGGCUCGGCCAUCGCCAAAGCCGUCUGCAAGGCCACGACCCACGAAGUCAUGGGCCCCAAGAAGAAGCACCUGGACUAUCUAAUUCAGUGCACAAACGAGAUGAAUGUGAAUAUUCCACAGCUGGCGGACACCCUUUUUGAGAGGACGGCGAACAGUAGCUGGGUUGUAGUGUUCAAAGCUCUAAUCACAACACACCACCUCAUGAUGUACGGAAAUGAGCGCUUUAUCCAGUACUUAGCAUCUCGAAAUACACUGUUUAAUCUAAACAACUAUCUGGAUAAAAGUGCCAUGCAGGGCUAUGAUAUGUCUACCUUCAUCAGACGAUACAGCAGAUACUUGAAUGAAAAAGCACUUUCUUACAGACUUGUAGCAGUUGACUUCACCAAAAUGAAAAGAGGGAUUGAUGGUGUAAUGAGAACAAUGAAUACCGAAAAACUUCUGAAAACCCUUCCAAUUAUUCAGAAUCAACUUGAUGCACUUCUGGAUUUUGAUGCAAACCCAAAUGAACUAACAAAUGGUGUAAUAAAUGCUGCCUUCAUGCUCCUCUUUAAGGAUUCCAUUAGGCUGUUUGCUGCCUAUAAUGAGGGGAUUAUUAACCUGUUAGAAAAGUAUUUUGAUAUGAAGAAGAACCAGUGCAAAGAAGGUCUGGAUAUUUACAAAAAAUUCUUAGCCAGAAUGACCAAAUUGUCAGAAUUCCUCAAAGUGGCAGAGCAAGUUGGAAUUGAUCAGGGUGACAUUCCAGAUCUUACUCAGCAUACUGAUGCUUUUGCGCACCUCCUGGGUUUUCACCAGCAUUCCCCUGCCCCAAACAAGCUUAAUUCCAAUCCUUUUGGGAAAAUUGCAGCAGAGCUGAGAGCAAGCACGCUGUCCAGUGCCGUUUCCACACUUGCCAAUACGGGAAUGUCCUUCAGCAGAAUGGAUGAGAGAGAAAAGCAGCAGGCGUUGGAGGAAGAGCAAGCCAGACUGCAAGCGCUAAAGGAGCAGCGACUGAGAGAGAUUUCCGUGGUCUCAAAUUCGACUUCUACGUCUGCCUCUCCAAGUACUUUAUCAGGGAAGAGUGUGAAUACCAAUGCUGCUGUUGACCUCUUUGCAACACCUGCCCCGACCACCAAUAGCAUGCCCAACCUUUCUACUGAUCUCUUUGACCUUCAGCCUGCGUUUGUUCCAACGGUACAAAGUACCCCAGCCAUCGCAACUUCAGCAAGCAGUGCCUGGGGAGGGUAUCCUCUUCAUUCAGCAUCCCAAAAAACUGCCUCUUCAACAAUCAAUGUGGACUUUGAUGCUGUGUUCGGUGGAAAAUCAGCGGUGCAUGAGUUUAGAACCACAGCGGAUGAUGUAUUACAACCAUCUGUACAGAGUCAGAGAGGAGCUUUAAUUGGUCAACAAAGUGGAAAGAUUUUGGCCAAUGACCUUGAUUCUUCACUCGCUAAUCUAGUAGGAAAUCUUGGCUUUGGAGGAACACCAUCCAAAAAAUCUGACAUGCAGUGGAAUCAGCCUACAGAGAAGAAACUUACCGGCGGAACCCACUGGCAAGCGAAAACGAGCACCUCAACCACAUGGACCCCGGUCCCUACUCCUCCCGCUCCGCAGAUGGUACCUGCUCCAGUAACCUACCCAGUGAAUACACCUCAAGUGCCUGUGUAUGGAAUGGUACCUACUCAGAUUGGAGCUACUCCUAUUAUGGCACCCCAGCCCAUGAUUUAUACCCAGACAGGUCUAAGGCCAACCAAUCCCUUUGCACCUAUCUCUGGAACACAGAUACAGUUUAUGUAGAGCCGCCAAAGCAGCAAGACACUUUGUCAACCAAAUAUUGGUAGAAAGAAGACAGAACUUUAAACUGCAGUCUUCACCAGGGCACAUACCUGCUCCCCAUACAAUAUAAAUUACUUGGAAUUGCUGUGCUGUAGAGAUUCUUCUUAUAAACAGUCACUAUGGUAUGAAAUCAUGUUUGGUUCUGAACUGCGCAAGACUGUUUUCAGUGGAGAACUGAAGCAUUGGGAAGCCGAAGGUCAGCAAAACGUUAAAAAAAAAAAGAAGUCUUGACUUUCCCUUAUUGAAGAGGAGAAACUUACUUAGGAUUCCCUUGCAGCCUUUUUUCAUCCAGCAAGUAGAUAACUCAUAGUAAGCUUAAAGGAAGGUGUAACGCUUUCUAUUUAUUUGGUUUUUUCUCCCUGAACUCACUGAUGAAUCACUGAUGUAAUCAUGACACCACUUAAAUGAAGUUGAGCAAUAAAUCUUUCGGGUACUUUACGGUGGUACCUAAUAACAAUAACUACGCUUGCAUUAUCAUAAAUGCCAGUAUCGUAUGAAAUCCGAACAGCUUCCCCCUGCCCCAGGUUAGGCAAGCUUCUUCUCAUUCACAAAUUUCGUACUGUGAGUUUUCAACGCUGUGAAUCUACUUAACUAGAUGUAGGCUGUUAUGCAGGAAACGUAGUCCCCCGUGGUGGCAGCAGGGUCUUCUCGUGCCGCGCGACAGAGCUGCACUUUGGCAGCAGCGCAGAGUCUGACUCUGGUCUGAGGACAGUCGUACAUUUCAGAGUAGCGAAUGCGGCUCCGGCAUGGAUGGCAUUUAGCUGCAUUUCCUCACACUGAACCCCCCCCCCCCCCGUACAGAUAGCAGAAUCGUUCCUGACUCUAGCAAGAGAUGCCUUCAUGUCCCAGAAAAAGUCCACAUGCAGCCAGCAGCAGCAAGUUUGGAAAGCUUGUUGCCCUUUAUUUAAGAUGUAUGAUAUCAGCAUUUUCUUUCUUAGUAGUUUCUCAGUUACAGUGCUGCACUUUAAGAACUGGAAAAAAAAACAUAUUCCUGAAAUCUUCCACCCUUUGUGCAUAGCCCAAGGCCUUUGCUGUGGAACAAAAGGAGAAAAGAAAGAAAGCCUGUUCACUAUAUGAAAGGAACCGAGCAAGGGUGUGCGUGCGCAUGUAAAUAUUUAUAAAUCUUUAAACUGCUAAACGGCUGCAGAAUCUCCCCUUCCCUUUUUUUGUAACACAUACAAAAUGCAAAUAUUAUAUUGCUUAAGAAAUGUAGCUCAGUUUUUUUCUGUGUUUUUUUUUUAAAAAGCUCAAACUAUUCUUCUUGAAGACGCACACAAUCUUAUAGCAGUGUAGGAGAGCACACAGUAAGUAAUGCUGGUGGAGCUGGACGGUCCGUGAUUCUCAACAGCCCCAAAUUUAAUACAAGGAUUAUGUUCUUUUAACUUACACUGUAAUUUGACACAUGCAGUUCAGGACACACUUAGAAGGGGAGAUGGAAAGAAAAGGGAAAAGUAUUGAGCUUGUAAUGGAAGGGCAGUCCCAAGUCAUACGAAGACCCGUCCCCCCUUCUCCCUUCAUAUCUCCGUAGUGAUUUAUUUUCUGAUCUGGAAACCCACUGCAGUACCCAUGACGGCAAGAAGGUUCCAUUAUCGAUGCCAACGUGGCCGUCUUCCUGAAGCUGGACCCCCUUUUGUCAUUAAAAACAUCCUUUUUUGAAAUGCAACACUUGUGUUUGAUUUUCCAAACGUUUUCCAAGGUGCCGCCCGCGCACCUGGGGGAAGGGGCUUACAGAAGCAAAAAGUACCUUUGUGGAUCGAGCUGUGUCAAAUGCAAGAAAACAAUUCUUUUCUAAGUGUCUUUUUGUGUUUGUUGAUAUUGUGCCAAGAAUGUAAAAAAAAAAAAAAAGCUUGCUUCAAAAAGGAUAUACUUGUUUUGUCAAACUAAACAUGAUUUUUUUAAAAAAAGAACCAGUUUUUACAUAUGUGUUUGGAAUUUGUAACCACUAACUUUGUAUGGAUUAAAUGUUGCAAGUGGAAAAAAACCCAUGUUUUAGACCAAAAUCUUGGACAUGUACUGGCAAAGACAUAAACUGGAUGCAUGUAUAGUAAUUAAAUGUGGAAAAGUGAAUUUUAAAGGGCUUAUGGCUUUAAUGUAUUCUUCAGGUUUGUCCAAAACCAAUAUUUAUUGUAGCCCUAACAAGCUGGAGCAGCUGAUUUACAGGCCUUGUUUUAGUGGGUAUUCUAGUGAAUUAAUUCAACUAAUCCUCAUUUAGGAUUGUAUAAUCUCACUUCCAAUGAAUUUUCAGUCUUUGAUCCAGUUUAGCCCAGUACAUGUGUUAAAUAACAUGUGUUUUAUUAUAACCAACUAGAAAUGUUUGUUCUUGGAAAUUGUGACCAUGUGAUGUGUGGGACUGUACAAUAAGCAGCAGAGUUUGUUUUUUUUAACCCCCAGAGAUUAGAUUAGUUUCUGGUCAUAGUGUUUAAUUACACUUAAUUUAUUCGGUAUGCUGGCUGCUGUCCUACAGCAGGGGAUUGCAUAGAAAAGCCACCUUAGAAAGAGGGUAGCUUUGACUCCAGAUGAAAUUUAUUUAUAUACUUUAUACAAUCAGUUAUGUAAUUCUGUAAAAUCAGACCCAGUGCAUAUUAAUUAAAUGCUUCAGAUCGAAGUAAUGUAUACACACACACCCUCUUUUGAUGUAUUUUAAUGUAAAUAUCCAGAUACUUCAUUAUAAUUUCUUGGUGACCUGUACUAACCAUGCACAAAUUUCUGGAGAAUUUAUAAAUUUGCCUCUCUUUCAGAUCUUCACGGUGUAUGAUGGUUUACACACUAAAGAGUGAUCUCUUUCCGUAACACA